UUUCUUAUAUUUCACUCUUCCCUAGCCCAGUUUAUGGUGACUCAGAUCGGUGGGAAUGUAGUCGCCUUGGCCAGCGUUGCACAUCGGGGCUACUACCUCGGGAUAGAUGGCGCACAAGUCAGAGGGAAGUUCUUUGACAACUUCUGUCACUUCUACAUACACGAGUCUCCCGACCAUUACGCUUCUCUGGAGUCAUGCAUGUUGCCGAGGCAACACGUUGGCGUUGACGCAAAUGGAUGCGUGUUGUCACCUGCGAGCUGUUACAAGAGUGAGCCCGCGUUCUUUGAGGCCAAGCUACUGUUCAGUCCGUAUGGUCAGACAUAUGUCUCAGACCACAGAACCACAGGAGGCUACCCAGCACCAACCCCAAGCUAUCCUCAACCCGGGACCUAUCCCCCACCACACCUCUCUGGUGGAUACCCUCAACCCCCUCCUCCACACGGAGGGCACCCUCAUCCUCCCCCACCCACUGGAUAUCCAGGUGGCUACCCUGGCACACACACUGCUCCUCCAGCAGGUGGCUAUCCCACUGGACAGCACCCACCACCACCCCCAGCCGGCUACCCUGGAUAUGGCCCCCCUCCUGCAGGGUACGGCCCAGCUCCGGCAGGGUACGGCCCACCUCCAGCAGGGUACGGCCCACCUCCACCUAGCUAUGGUCCACCUCCUCCUUACUAAUGUGUACGUUGGAGCGCUGAUGAGAUGUU